CUGCAGAUUGAUCUAUCCUCCAUCGAUCCCUGAUCUCUGUCUGAUCAUCUCAUCGAGCCAGCCAAUCAAGAAGCCGCCAUGUAUAGAGUUGCGAGUGCAUCGGAGUACUUAGUGAUCACCGGUUUCGGCAUCACCGACAUCAAGAUCGCCAAGAAAGCAUGGGUGCUUCCUGGCCAGUCCUGCAACGUCUUGGACCUCUCCCCGGUGAACUACACCUUCGAAGUCCAGGCCAUGAGCGCCGAGAAGCUCCCUUUCGUCCUCCCCGCCGUCUUCACCAUCGGCCCUCGCAUCGACGACCGAGACAGCCUCCUCAAGUACGCGAAGCUCAUCUCUCCCCACGACAGGCUGUCCCGCCAUGUCAAAGAACUCGUCCAGGGAGUCAUCGAAGGCGAAACUCGCGUUCUCGCCGCCUCCAUGACCAUGGAAGAGAUUUUCAAAGGAACGAAGGAGUUCAAAGAGGAAGUGUUUGAGAAAGUGCAGCUGGAGCUCAACCAGUUCGGGCUUCUGAUCUACAAUGCGAACGUCAAGCAACUCGUCGAUGUCCCCGGACACGAAUACUUUUCUUACUUAGGGCAGAAGACUCAGAUGGAGGCGGCGAACCAAGCGAAGGUGGACGUUGCGGAGGAGAAGAUGAAGGGAGAGAUUGGAGCGAAGCUCCGGGAGGGAAGGACGCAACAGAACGCAGCGAGGAUCGAUGCGGAGACGAAGAUCAUAUCGACGGAGCGGCAGGGGGAGGGAAAGAAGGAGGAGAUUAGGGUUAAGACUGAGGUGAAGGUGUUCGAGAACCAGAGAGAGGCGGAGGUGGCGGAGGCGAACGCAGACCUGGCAAAGAAGAAGGCUGGGUGGGUGAAAGAAGCUCAGGUGGCGGAGGUGGAGGCCGCCAAGGUGGUGGCUCUACGAGAGGCGGAACUGCAGGGUGAGGUGGAGAGGAUGAACGCGUUGACUCAGACGGAGAAGCUCAAGGCCGAAUUCCUCAGUAAAGCUAGCGUUGAGUAUGAAACCAAGGUACAAGAGGCAAACUGGGGCCUCUACAGGAAGCAGAAAGCUGCAGAAGCAAUCCUCUACGAAAAAGAACGAGAAGCCGCGGCCCAAAAGGCCAUCGCCGAGGCCGCUUUCUACGCUUGCCAGCAAGCCGCCGACGGAGAAUUAUACGCCAAGAAAAAGGAAGCCGAUGGGCUCGUGGCACUGGCACAAGCCCAAGGCCUUUACAUCCAAACUCUUCUAGACGCCCUUGGAGGAAACUACAAUGCCUUGAGAGACUACCUGAUGAUCAACAAUGGCAUGUUCCAAGAGAUAGCCAAGAUCAACUCCCAAGCCGUCCAAGGCCUGCAACCGAAGAUCAGCAUCUGGACAACCGGCGGCGAGGAGGCGGCCAGAGGCGGGAGUACUGGUGCCAUGAAUGAGGUUGCUGGAGUAUACAGGAUGUUGCCGCCGUUGUUCAAAACGGUUCAUGAGCAAACCGGGAUGCUGCCACCGGCUUGGAUGGGCGCCUUGACCGAUUCCGCUGAUCACAAUAAUGCCAACUGAUCAUCAGGCUUUAUAUAUAUAGUUAAUCUGUUUGUUUCCUUUGAUUAGAAACGAUUGGAAUUGUACCCCCAUGGUGUAUAUUUGUUUUUUUUUUUGUGCGCGCGCGCGCGAGUGUGUGGGUUUAUUUAAAAAAAAAUAAUAAUAAAUAUGAAACUUGGCAACUUUA